AUGAAUUCAAAUCAGAAUAAUAAUUUCUCAAAACAAAAUCAUAAGGGCAAUUCACAACCUUCAAUUCCAUCAUCAGCUUAUAUUAGAACAAAUAAUAAUUUUAACAAUAAUAGUCUCAAUAAUAAUAAUAAUAAUAACAGCACAAUCAAUCAAAAUUACUAUCAUCAAUCAGAACUGUAUCCAAUUGUAAAUACUGCACCACCACUAGAUUCUCGUCAUAGUCGAUCUCAUUCUCAUAAUAUCAUUAAUUCUAAUUCUUCACCAAGGUUGUUUUACCCUUUAAAUCAUAAUGGUUAUCAACAAUCACGUCCAAUUGGUUCACCAAUUCCUUCAUCUGCUCCACCUCCAUCACCUUCUCCUCAAUUAGGGCGUCAUCAAAAACAGCUACAGCCAUCAAUGCUACAACAGCAUUCACAACAACCUUCUUUACAACAACAACAACAACAACUGCAACAACUGCAACAGCAACUACCACAACAACAACAGCAGCUGCAAGCACAAUCACAACCACAACCACAGCAAAAUUGGACGUCAUUAAUACCCCCACAACCACAACCUUCAAGUCAAGAUGAAUUCCAUUUUAUAACAAAAGAAACUUCAAAAAAUCUAGAUCCUUCUCAAAGACAUUCCAUAGCAAUAUCACCAACUCCCGACAAUCCAGAUUUGGGACCUAAAGACGAAAUUAAACAAGAACCAAUAGAAUAUAUUCAACCUAAAAAGAAGAAUAGAAAAAUCUGUAAAAAAUGUGAAUUAGAAAUAACUGGACAAUUUGUGAGAGCUUUACAAAAUGCUUAUCAUGUAAAUUGUUUUAAUUGUUAUGAAUGUGGUAAACAAUGUUCUGCAAAAUUUUUUCCAUCUGAAAUUAUAGAAAAUAGUAAACCAAAACAAAUUGCAUUAUGUGAAUAUGAUUAUUUCAAAAAAUUAAAUUUGAUAUGUUUUAGUUGUAAUAAUGCAUUGAGAGGUCCUUAUGUUACUGCAUUAGGAAACAAAUAUCAUCUUGAACAUUUUAAAUGUUCUGUUUGUCAACAUGUAUUUGAUUCUGAUGAAAGUUAUUAUGAACAUGGAAAUGAUAUAUUUUGUCAUUAUCAUUAUUCCAAAUUAUAUGCAUCACAUUGUGAAGGUUGUCAAUCUUCAAUUGUAAAACAAUUUGUUGAAUUAUUUAGAGGUGGUAGAAAUCAACACUGGCAUCCUGAAUGUUUUAUGGUUCAUAAAUUUUGGAAUGUUAGUAUUACUGCAGAUUCAGUUGGAUUACAAAAAAUGUAUGCUUUAUCAGAUGAUAUUGAUCUCCGAUCUAUAAAAAUGUCAGAUAUUAUCGAUUCUAAUAAAUUAAUUAGCAUGGAGCAACAUAUUGAACAAGUUGUAAUGAAUUGUUGGCUAAUUUUAUCAGGUUAUGAACAAGCUACUGCAUCAUGUAUAUCUGAUAUGCUUUUAAAUGCUUGUACAGGUAAUAAAUACGAUGGAUUAGUGGUUACAGGUAAAUUAAUUCUCAAUGUUGAAGUUUUAUUCAAUGCACUAGAUUAUGUCAUCGGAAUUUGUAACAAAUCGCAGCAAAUACCAUUAUCAAAUAAUGAUGAUCAAGAGCAACAGGAGUAUUUUCAAAGUAUUAAAAAGGAACCAAGAAAUAUUACUGGAAAAAUUAUGAGCUAUUUAGCAAUUUUGAGAAAAUCUGGUAGUAUUUCGAAGUCAGGUACAUUAUCAGCUGAAUUAUUAUCGGUGAUUACAGGAUGUGCUCAUUAUUUGAAAUUACUUAUAAGGAUCGGAUUAUACAAUGCAUUAAAAUUAAAUAAAUUACAUGGAACAACUGAGGCAUUAGAACAAUUUCUACAACUAAUUGCAAAGUUUGAAUCAAAAAAUACAUUGGAUAUUGAAGACCUUAAAACUGAAUUAUAUACCCCUCAAAGCUCAACAGAUGCAUGUACUUCAUGUACUAAAAGUAUAGAAAAAAGCUGUAUUAAAUUUGGAGAUCAUAGAUGGCAUUUAAAAUGUUUUGUAUGCGCUCGAUGUCAGCUCCAUAUUGAGUCAAUUGAAGGAGUUACUUUUGACGUUGCUCGUCAAGCUAUAAAUUGUAAAAAAUGUAUCAAUGAAGGAAUUGCAGGUUUUGAGUAUAUAUCUGAUUUAUCACAAUUAGUUUAUUUAUUAAAAAUAGCAUUAUUAAGAUCAAGAUCAGUUAUGAAUAUAGAUUUUAAUAAGACUGAAUUAACUGAAAAACAAAGCUCAGAACAAGAUAAUUAUGUCAAAACUUUAGACGAUGUUACAAGAUUGAGAAGUAAAAGACAAAAUCAAAAAUUAUCCAAGUCUGUUAAAAAGAAAGCCAGAAAAUCCAUUAUUGUUACCGCUCCAGAAGCAGAUCAAGGUGAUGUUUUAGUUGAUGAUGUUAUAGGUGGAUUAAACGAGAUGAAGAUGGAAAGAAAAGCUAGUGAAUAUUCAUUUGAUAAUAAAGAGGAACUUUCAAUUAAAAAGGAAUUACAAAUUAGAGAAGAACCUCAAAGGCAAUUAACAUCAAUACAUUUGGAUCGAACUUCAGAUUUAUUGAAAAAUGAAAAAUCCUUAACAUUGGAUGAUAUUCCAAGAAUAGUUGCAGCUGAACAAGCUAGAGAUCAAAGACCAAAUGCUUUUAAACAUCAUAAUAGAUUAUAUCAAAGAUCUGGUUCUCAUAAAUUAAAAAAUGGUGGUCAUAGUCCAAUAAUGAAUAAUUCUUCACCAAGUAGUGCAUUAAAUCAUAUAUUAAAUUCUGGUAACCCAACAGUUUCAUCUACUGGCAAACAAAAAUUUGUUUCAGAACUUACUAAAAAGGAACAUUUUAUUAUACGGCAUUUAGCAGUUGAAGCUUUGAGUCAAAUCAAUAGCGAUAAAUAUAAUAAAGACGAGUUAAUUCCAUUAAUUCAAACUAAAAAAUCACUAACGUUUUGGGAGAAAUUAAAAUUUGGUGGUAGUAAUCAAUCUAAAACCAAUGGAGUAUUUGGAGUUGAAUUAAGUUUUUUAACUAAAAAAUAUGGAGUUGAUUCAGAUUUAGGUGUUGGACCAUCAAAAUUAAGAAUUCCAAUAGUUGUUGAUGAUGUAAUAAAUGCUCUAAAACAAAAAGAUAUGUCAGUUGAAGGAAUUUUCAGAUUAAAUGGUAAUAUUAAAAAAUUAAGAGAAUUAACUGAAGAAAUUAAUAAAAAUCCUUUAAAAUCUCCAGAUUUUGGUAUACAAACUGCAGUUCAAUUGGCUGCAUUAAUGAAAAAAUGGCUUAGAGAAUUACCAACACCUUUAUUAACUUUUUCAUUUUAUGAUUUAUGGAUAUUAUCACAAUCUGAACAAGAUCAAGAAACUAAAAAAAGAGUACUUCAAUUAACUUAUUGUUUAUUACCAAGAGAUCAUAGAAAUUUAUUAGAAGUAUUAUUAUAUUUUUUCAGUUGGGUUGCUUCAUUUUCUGAAGUUGAUGAAGAAAGUGGAUCUAAAAUGGAUUCUCAUAAUUUAGCUACUGUUUUAGCUCCAAAUAUUUUAAUAUCAAAACAAGCAGCAACUACUAAUACUUCAACAACUACUUCAACAAAUGAUCAAGGAGGUAGUGGAGAAAAUUAUUUUUUAGCUAUUGAAGUUGUAAAUCAAUUAAUUGAACAACAUGAAGAAUUAAGUACUAUUCCAUUAGAUUUAUUAAAUGUUUAUGAAUCAUGUGGAUUUGAUUCUGAAAAAGAUUAUUCAACUAAAGAAAUUUUAAAUAAACUUGAAUUAGUUUAUAAAGAAAAUGAAUGA